ACUCUCUGUUUGUUCUUCUUUUUCUGCCUCUCGUUCAUUGCAGAAAGAACAAACCAAAAAAAAAAAAAACAUAAAAACCAGUUAAUAAAAAGGAAUUCAGAUUAUUGCCAUUUUGUAGACCCCAUAAAAUUUAUCUCAUUCCUCGUUCACCGACUUUACGACUCAUAUUUUGAAGCAAAUCUUGCCGACGUAUUUACGCAUCCCUCUGUUUUUCUCUUUACGAGAAACCUUACCUUUUACUUCGUUCUCUGUUGAAUCUGCGAGUCCUCUUCGUCGUAGGAUUUGUGAUUCGAAUGUUCCCCUGAUUUGAGCAGAACUGAUAGGGGUUUAUAGAUCCCGCGGAUUCAAUUGGGUCCGCUAUAUGCGUAUUUGGUUGAAUUGGUGACUUGGGUCUUCAAACCCUGCGGUUUUUAUCGAAAUUUGUUUGUGGGUUUUCACUGAGGAAUGCCGCUCUUACCGAAGCCCGAUUCGAUUCAAAUUCGUGAGGUGUGGAACGAUAAUUUUGAGGAGGAAUUUGCUUUGAUACGAAAAAUUGUCGAUGACUAUCCGUAUGUUGCUAUGGACACCGAGUUUCCUGGCACUGUUCUUCGUCCGGUGGGCAAUUUCAAGAACAGCUAUGACUACCAUUACCAAACCUUGAAGGAUAAUGUAGAUAUGCUCAAGCUGAUUCAACUGGGUCUCACAUUUUCUGAUGAGCAAGGGAAUUUACCCACUUGUGGAACUGAUAAACAUUGCAUUUGGCAGUUUAAUUUCCGGGAAUUCAAUCUCAAUGAGGAUGUUUUUGCCAAUGAUUCUAUUGAGCUUUUGCGCCAAAGUGGCAUUGAUUUUAAGAAAAACAAUGAAAAGGGUAUUGAUGCAAAGCUGUUCGGCGAGCUAUUAAUGUCGUCUGGGAUUGUGUUGAAUGAUAGUGUGCAUUGGGUCACUUUCCAUAGUGGGUAUGAUUUUGGAUACUUGCUUAAGCUUUUGACUUGCCAGAACUUGCCCGAGACGCAAGCAGAGUUCUUUAAUUUGAUCAAUAUUUACUUUCCGACAAUAUACGAUAUCAAGCAUCUGAUGAAGUUUUGCAAUAGCCUUCAUGGUGGAUUGAACAAGCUCGCAGAAUUGUUGGAAGUGGAGAGAGUUGGUAUUUGUCAUCAGGCAGGUUCUGAUAGUUUGCUUACAUCUUGUACAUUCAGAAAAUUGAAAGAGAGUUUCUUUAGUGGUUCUUUGGAGAAGUAUGCUGGUGUCUUGUAUGGUUUAGGUGUUGAGAAUGGACUAAAUUCUCUUUAACGUUGUCUGUGCCUGGUACUCGCAUCUUCAUGUACACUUUUGCAACAAGUUAAUUUAUGAAUAUAUAACAUAUUUUUAAUGAUAA